AUGUUAUAUCUCGAUUUCCAAACAAAACUCGGCGGCCCCCCUCUCGCUGCCGCGGGUGGUGGUAACAUGGGCGGCGGCAAUCGAGGGUGGAGCGGCGGCGGCGGUGGUGGCGAAGAUUCCGACGAACCCAAGCCCGUAUCAGUUGAUGGGUUCGGGCCGGUUGGUGCUUUCAUCAACGGGUGGCGGUCUAGGGUAUUGGCUGACCCCCAAUUCCCGUUCAAGGUCCUCAUGGAGGAGUUGGUGGGCGUGAGCGCCUGUGUUCUCGGGGACAUGGCCUCUCGCCCCAAUUUCGGACUCAACGAGCUCGACUUUGUCUUCUCGACCCUCGUCGUUGGCUCCAUCAUGAAUUUCGUGCUCAUGUACCUAUUGGCCCCGACAAUGUCUGCCUCAGCCUCCACCCACACCUUGCCAUUCUUCUUCGCAGGCUCACCCACGAGCCACAUGUUCGAGCCCGGUCCGUACACCCUGCUCGGCAGGUUUGGCACGUUCAUUUACAAGGGUGCCGUUUUUGCCGCGGUUGGGUUCACGGCCGGGCUAGUGGGGACUGUCAUCUCCAACGGGCUGAUUGCAGUGAGGAAGAAAAUGGACCCGAGUUUGGAGACCCCGAAUAAGCCUCCGCCCACACUGCUGAACGCCGUGGCGUGGGCAGGCCACAUGGGCCUAAGCAGCAACCUGAGGUACCAGACGCUGAAUGGGAUUGAGUAUCUGCUGGGUAAAGGAUUCCCUCCGCUUCUUUUCAAGACAUCUGUUGUGGUCCUGAGGUGCGUGAACAAUAUUCUUGGGGGGAUGUCGUUUGUGGUCCUGGCCCGACUGACCGGGUCGCAGAGCGUGGAUGAGUUGGCUGAGGAAAAGGAAAAGCUGUUAACGGAUGAGCUGCAGGCAACAGAAACCAUUUCAAAGUGA